AUGAAUUGGGUGAUUAUUGGAAAAUGGUCUCUGCUCGUUAAAUUGAAUAGUACGUCCAAACUCCCAAUUGUAGUCAUUGAACAAGAGCAGAAUAUGUACAUAGCGAUAAUUCACCCUCUGAGGCCGCGUCUAGGUCGGAAGACGACUCUGAUGAUAGCCACCAGCAUUUGGGUGGUGGGCACCAUACUGUCCAUACCGAACCUGAUUUUCUUCACAACGCACACGGAAGAGUUUCCCAACGGCGACCAGCGGGUCAUUUGCUACGCCGAGUGGCCGGACGGUAUCACCACGAAUAGCUUCCAGGAAUACGUUUAUAACGUUUCGUUUAUGAUAAUUACGUAUUUCAUUCCCAUCGGACUGAUGGGUUUCACCUACGCCAUGAUCGGUCACGAGCUGUGGGGAAGUCAGAGCAUCGGAGAAUGUACACAGAGGCAGCUGGAGCACAUCAAGUCCAAGAGAAGAGUUGUGAAAAUGAUGAUCGUCGUUGUGACGAUUUUCGCCAUCUGUUGGCUGCCGUAUCACAUUUACUUCAUUGUCACAUCUCAUAUGCCGGAAUUAACUAACGCACCGUACAUUCAAGACGUAUAUUUGGCCUUUUACUGGCUAGCAAUGUCCAAUUCUAUGCACAACCCAAUCGUGUACUGUUGGAUGAAUUCCAGAUUCCGUCAAGGAUUCAAGCAGUUCUUCUCUUUCGUGCCAUGCAUCAAUGUGAGAACCGGUAGCCUGAUCCGACGGGAAGUUGUCACCAGCAGGCACCGUUUGCAUACCCUUGAACCACCUGUGCGCCGACACCGGGAGAGGUCACUUGAAGGUGCCGACCGCUCAUUGGAGGCAAGCGAAAAAACACGGCAUCGACAGCAGCGUUGGCGAGAUGAGCAGCACCAGCUUCAGCAACACGGCAACGGUGGCGGGGGAAUCGAUUGCCAUAACGAGUACACCGACCUACAACAAAAACAGCAGCAUCAACUGCGGAGAAGGCAGCCAGAGGACCGGUCUAGGAAAAAAUGCAAGUUCCGCAUCCUGACGACAACCGUCACAAAAGAACGACGGGGACCGCGGUCUCCACCACCGUCGGUCGUCGGCGAUCGAUGUUACUACUCCGAGGAAUGCUGCAAAACAGCAGAUUUGGAUUUAACGACUGGGCUGGUCACUCUGUCCUCGGCAACCACUUGAUAGAUCCUCUAGAUGUGCGUGAAGAUGCAAGUUCUCUCUCAAUACUACUUUGAUAAUACUUUACGAAUACAAUAAUCGUAUUUCAUAAUUCAAAUUUAAGUGUGUGUGUGUGUGUGUGUGUGUGUGUGUGUGUGUGUGUGUAUGUGUGUGUGUGUGUGUCCGGGCGCUUGUUUGUGGAAUAUCAGUGUACGAAAGUCUAAAUUAUUUGAGAGAGAGAGAUAGUGACUUACGAUCGCCUGAAUCUGAUCUUCCAUAAAAUAAUCCCCCCAAAAAAAUUCUUCCUGUAAAAAUUAAAACAACUUAUUAAUGUACUCAAUUAAUAUUAAAAGUCUAUCUUGGACAAAUUUCAAACGAAAUUGCAGCUACCCACCAGUAGCCAUUGUGUGUACUGUGAGGCCACUGGUACAAAAUACCAAACAUGAAGAAGAACGCUUGGGCAACGGACACACGCAGUUUAAUCAUAUUAUAUUAUGAUAAAUUCUUAUAAAAUUUAAAAUAUCUUGUUCGCACUGUAGUACAUCCGUACAAUAUGUAUGCAAAUAGCACUAGAAUAUUUUAAAUUGUUUUUUCCGAGAGCAUUUAUGGCGAAUAAUAAAACCCUAAGAAAAUAAUAUAUUUGGUAUACUCUUGUCUCCACCAAAAUUCUGAAAAGGUGAUUUUUGAUCUCAUUCUAAACAUAAAUAUUGGUAGUUCAUAUUCUCACACAAUUUUAACGAUAUAUAUAUAUAUAUAUAUCGGUACAAAUACUACAAACUAUUAUUUUAACGUUUCAAGAAUUAAUCACAAGCAACGCAACUAUUAAACGAGAUGUUUACAUUACCCAAUUCGGUGUAGUUUAAAUCUAUUCAAGUAUUCAAACCUUAUACUAAAAUUUAGCAUAUUUGUCUUUAUUAAAAUUUACUCUUUUUGUGAUAUUUUUUUCCACUUGAAUAACCCUAUCAUAAUGUUUAAUAAAAAUACUAUGUCUUCAAAAUAAGUAUUUUUUAUUUUUCAUGUCAUAAUCAGAAAUAGAUGUUAUCUACAUUGAGUCGUGGGUAAAGUAAAUAUUUUAUAAACACUAAAUGACUUCUUUAUCUUGAACACACUAUGAUAGACUAAAUACAAACAGACAGGAAAUACUUCAUAGGGCUUACAGCACAAGUUCAAUUAAAUCUUUUUUAUCAAAUCCAGCUCUGAUAAUAUUUUUUUUCUUAAGUAAAACAAAUAACUCUUUGAACAUUAAUCUAA